ACUCAACGCCAUUGAACCAUCAAUCAUUCUUCACUCCUCUCAGUCAAACCUCUCUAUCUCUCUCUCUUUCUAUCUUUCUCUUCAAAUUCAAUUUGCAAUUCCAAUUUCUUGGUAGUUGGUUCCAUUUUCCCUCGAACCAUCUCAAAUCCAUGAAAUAAUGUAGGGGACUCCAAAGCGAAAAGGAACGUGAAUGCAGUUUUCUGCGAUUUCGAUCCAGAUCCAGAUUCAUGGGGAUUUGCUUUAGCAUUGAAGACAAGAGCAACCUCUCCGUCUCCGAUUCCAACGCUAAACCAAAGCCUCAAGGAUCAGUAGGUCAUGAAUCUGCCGCUCCAAUUGUUUCCAUAAACAUCAAAGAUCUCCGCGAAGGUGUUGGAUACAGCAAUGUGGAUAGUUUCACGUACGAGGAACUGAGGCUUGCUACGAAGCAUUUUCGUCCCGAUUUCAUCUUGGGAGAAGGAGGCUUCGGAGUUGUAUAUAAAGGCGUCAUAGACCAUGGUGUGAGGUCGGGUUACAAGACCACUGAGGUCGCAAUUAAGGAACUUAAUCGCGAAGGAUUUCAAGGAGACAGGGAAUGGCUCACCGAAGUUAACUAUUUAGGUCAAUUCAGUCACCCUAAUCUGGUGAAGCUCAUUGGAUAUUGCUGUGAGGACGAACACCGGUUAUUGGUCUAUGAAUACAUGGCAAGUGGGAGCUUGGAGAAACAUCUUUUUCGCAGUAAGUUUUGCAUGAAAUUUGCUAAUGUAUUUAAAUUUCAAAUUGGACUAAGGUUAUUUAUGUACUGGGAUCAGCCUAUUUUCUUAACUAAUAUGUUAUCUGUAAUUGGGUUUGUACCCAGGGGAGGAGGUUGUGUUUUGAAUUUUCAUGUUGUUGACGAAGGGUACAUAAUUAUCUCUUUAUCUAAAAGAGUAGCUCAAUUAUGUUAACACCCAUCUUGUGGAUUUGAAGUGCGAAGCCUUCAUUGGGCUUCAAAUUGGUGUACAGUGUACACCACCUUAUUGUCCUCUCUCUCUGCCCGUUUAUCCCCUUUUUGUAGAGGCUGUUUUUCGGAUGUAGUUUGCUUUGGGGGAGCAAAGGUUCCAAAGUCGUAAUGACCUUCAAUAUUUUUAACCUUCUGCAUGAUUCUGAAGUACUUGGCCUUCUAUCUUUUAGAUGGCUUGUAGCAUGAUGAGUUAAUUGCACGAUCAAACAAGAUGUUGGAAAAAUUGAUC